CUUUCUUUUUCGCCUUUCGCUCAAGUCGUACACACGCGGAUAAACAUUUUUAUCGAAAUAAAAUAAUUAAAUCGAUUCAAAAUGUCUGAUACUGAAGUUGAAGUAAGUGCUCCAGUUGCUCUCGAUGGCCCAAUGGACCUCAACACCGCUCUUCAAGAAGUCUUGAAGAAGUCACUUGUUUCGGAUGGAUUAGUUCAUGGAAUUCAUCAAGCUUGUAAGGUUUUGGACAAACGUCAAGCAGUACUCUGCAUUUUGGCUGAAAGUUGCGAUGAACCACAGUAUAAGCAACUCAUCACCGCUUUGUGCAGCGAACAUCAAAUUCCUUUGAUUCGUGUCGACAGCAGCAAGAAAUUGGGUGAAUGGUCAGGUUUAUGCAAGAUCGACAAAGAAGGCAAACCACGCAAGAUUUGCGGAUGCUCAUGUGUCGUCAUCAAGAAUUUUGGUGAAGAAACCGGCGCUUUGGAAAUCGUCAAAAAUCAUUUGAGAUCAAACUAAGCUGUAUCGGAAAUAUACAUGAAAUUGAUGAAUAAAGAACUUAAAUUUUAAUUCAUCAGAAUAACAUAA